UAUGUGGGGCCCCUCAUGUUGCUGUCUCUCUCUCUCUCUCCUCGAUUUGUAGGUUGCAGUUGCGUCGUCCAGGUCCAGCUGGAAUCUAGAGAGAGAGAGAGAGAGAGAGAGAGAGAGAGAGGGGUGUUCCUUCGGGCGAUUGACCGGAGCGCUGUCUUCCCCACCUUCGAACCCGCGCCGGCGAAGCUCGCUCUGCCCGUCCAUACCGGGAGAUCGGAAUUCGGCGGUGGUCGCGUGACGAAGGAAGAAGAGGAAGAGGAAGAGGAAGAGAGCGCACGGGGAGAGAUCGAUGGACGAGGUGGUCACGGCGGCGGACGCGACCUCGACGUCGUCGGCGGCCACGUCGGGCGGGGAGCCGUCGUCGCUCCUCCCCUACAACCUCCCCCUCAUCUCCGCCUUCCUCGCCUUCGCCCUCGCUCAGUUCCUCAAGCUCUUCACCACCUGAAGCUCAGGUUCAAGGAAAGGAGAUGGGACUCCAAAAGAAUGCUGGGCUCUGGUGGAAUGCCAUCAUCACACUCUGCAACUGUCACUGCUCUAGCAGUGGCUAUAGGUCUGCAAGAAGGAACUGGGGGAUCUGCAUUUGCAAUUGCAGUUGUCUUGGCUUUGGUUGUGAUGUAUGAUGCCUCAGGCGUCAGACGUCAUGCUGGUAGACAAGCCGAAUUGUUAAAUCAAAUCGUUUGUGAGUUUCCUCCAGAACACCCGUUAUCCAGUGUUAGACCUCUACGUGAGCUACUUGGGCAUACACCACUUCAGGUUGUUGCUGGUGCUAUUUUGGGAUGCGUUGUCGGAUACCUGAUGAGAAAUACUAACUAGGAAAGGGUUGACAUUAUAGAUUCUUUGUACCACCAUUCAUAGGACGAUCCCAGAGGGAGGCUAAGGAAGAUGUCUUUGAAGCUUAUUUGAAAUGUAUUAUUAAGUUGGUGGCAGAAUAGUGGUUGCAUACGCAUGUCUGCUUGUAAGAUACAUUACUUCUACCUAUCAAAGAACCGUUUUUCCAA